ACAGUCUUUCGUUGACGCUAGCGGGCAUCUGACGCGUAUUUUUUUCGCUCUCAGUUUUCAGUUCAAAAUCCGUUUUGCUACUUUCUGUGCAGUGGUGCAAUUUCGGGAGUGUGUGAAAGAAGACCUUUUUCGGUGGUGUUUUCCGUAAGAACCAUCCAUCGUAAACCGGCGUUUCCGAACGGCCGGUUUCUUUGCGUUAGUUCUUUUUUUCGGGGUGCGGUUCGAUCAUCGGGAUCAGUUAUUGACCAUAGAAGAGAAAAAGAGCGCAGUGCGGUUUCAUCAACGGAUCGAACUGACCACCUCAUUAUACACCAGACAUAAUCUCUGUUUGCUUUAAAAGUGCCUGAAAGUGGCCGAUCUCGGUUCGGCUAUUUUCCAACACCUUUAAACCAAGUUAUGUGCGAAAUGAUCGAACUGUUGAUUUCCAAGUUUUGAUUCAAGUGCCUUCAUAGAAAAACAACCGUUAAAGAGGAAUAUCGAACUAGAAAAAAAAAACAGUGCUGUGUGACUUGGUGCAUGUGAAGCUAUUGAUGGAUUAAAAGGAUUUCCCGCUGAGUGACAGAUCAUCAGUGUUUCAAACAGUACCAAACCCUCGAUUGAUUGAAAUCUGUGCGCUACUGGUUUUGGAACUUUUGACUCGGUUCCAUGACAACGGAAUCUACUCCAGAACAUCGGCAUCAUCAUCAUCACCAUCACCAACGCUGGCAGUGGAACCAUCAUCGCUGUGCCGAAAUCAAAAUUGAACGCAUCCAAUCUGGCGAGGCACGUUUCAAUGGUCUUCACGGUGUACCGCGACUGCCACGAGUGGAGAGUGUAGUUAAUUGAAGCUCCAAGCAGCAGAAGAAGGCUAACACCCUUCCGGGGGGAGUCCAGCAAUGGUCAAACUUCUAGCGCAGUGAAAAGAGGAAACGAAAUCAGAAAGAGCCAUAGUACAGAAGAAACAGAUAAAUCUUGGAUCAUCACGCAGCAUCCAUCCACACCGCAACCGCAAAGAAGACCGCGCUCGCGCAAUUCAGAAGAAGAGUUAUUACCAGCCUAGAAGAGAAACGAAAGAUCAGAGUGGAAUUUUGUGUUAUUGUAUGUGCAUGUGAGCGAGAGAUAGAAGGCGAGAAUAGAUAGAUAAAAAAAAACUCUUACCAAGGAAGACGAACAACCAGACUGGACUAGAAGUAGCAGUAUCAACGGGGCAACAAUGUUGAAAUUUAUACGUGGAAAAGGCCAACAACCUUCGGCCGAACGGCAGAAGCUGCAGAAAGAACUAUUUGCAUUCCGGCGGACGGCUCAGCAUGGCUUCCCGCACAAACCAUCGGCCGUGGCGUACGACCCGAUCAGCAGAUUGAUGGCCAUCGGAACCAACAGUGGCAUCAUCAAGGUGUUUGGCCGGCCCGGCGUCGAGUUCUACGGUCAACAUCCAGCCACAACAAAUGCUUCCGAUUCGAUUGUUCAGCUGCUGGAAUGGAUCCCCGGAAGUGGCCGACUCCUGUCGCUGACGGCAUCGAAUCAGUUGAUCCUGUGGGAACCCACCGGAACGGUGCUCGUUCCCAUCAAGACGCUUCCCUUCGACGGUAAGCUCAAAAAGAUUUCAUCUUUGUGUUGUUCUUAUAUGAAGGACACGGUGUGGAUUGGCACCGAAGGCGGAAACGUGUAUCAGUUCGAUAUCAAAAGCUUCUCGGUGCGAGAACCGGUCAUCUAUCACGAUGUGGUUCUCGAACAGUUACCCCAAUCUUACAAAUUGAAUCCAGGGGCGAUCGAAUCAGUAAAGCAACUGCCAAACAAUCACAAUCAGCUGCUGAUUGCGUACAAUAGAGGCCUUGCCGUGCUGUGGGACUUGGAUGCGUGCAAUGUGAAACAAUCGUUCAUUUCUCCCGGCCAUGGACAGAGUGUUGGCCUGUACAUUUCCCCAUGUGGCACACAGUUCACCUGGUACCACGGAGAUGGUUCCUUUGCUACGUGGGAUCUGGACAGUGCGAUCCCACCGGAGAAUCAGAAAUACGUGCCUUACGGACCGGAUCCGUGUAAAGCGAUAGACCGAUUGAUUCGUGGAAAGCGAGGACUGUGUGAACUGGUGGUGUUCUCCGGAGGAAUGCCGCGAUCCGCUUACGGGGAACACCAAUGCGUAUCCGUUCACUGCCGAGAUGGAACGAAAGUGGCCUUUGACUUCACCUCCAAGGUUAUCGAUUUCUUCGUCACGUUCAACGACGAACACCCCGAGCAGGCUGAAGUUUUGGUUGUCCUACUGGAAGAAGAACUGGUUGCGUACGACUUGACAGACGAAACCAUUCCACAGAUCAACGUUCCCUAUCUACAUUCGUUGCAUGCCUCGGCCGUGACCUGUAAUCAUCUGGUUUCCGGUGUAAGGCCGGAGUUGUACGAGAAAAUUGUCCGGGCUGGAGAGUCUCAGCUUUCGGAUUAUAGCUCCAAACCAUGGCCGAUUGACGGCGGAUUACUUCCAGAAACCAUCGAAGAAGAACGACAGGAAUACGACCUGCUCAUCACAGGUCACGAAGACGGUUCUGUGAAGUUCUGGAACUGCAGCGACGUUUGUCUGAGCCCAAUUUUACAUGUAAAAACUGCCCCACUGUUCAACAACAGUGACGAACCUUUUGACAAUCACUUGACUACCUCAACUGAGCAGUUGGACGAAGGAGAACCUCCCUUCCGUAAGGCCGGACAGUUUGAUCCGUAUUCGGACGAUCCGCGUUUGGCCGUGAAGAAGGUUCAGCUGUGCCCAAUAACGGGCACACUGGUCGUGGCGGGAACCGCUGGCAAUGUGGUCAUUGCCAAUUUUGAACCGUCUCCGGAUCAACCUGGACCGUUGAAGGUCUCCACGAUGAACCUGGUAAGCGACCGCGAUGGCUUCGUAUGGAAGGGACACGAUCAGCUAAAGGUUAAACGCCAGCUGUUGGAGGAAAACACACCGAUCCAGGAGGGCGUGAACGUGUUCAGCGUGUUGCAGAUUCUUCCACCGGCUGCCGUGACUUGCACGGCUGUGCAAAGCCAGUGGAACUUAGUUGCUGCCGGAACUGCCCACGGGCUGGUGCUGUUCGAUUAUCACACCCAGAGUCCAGUGCUGCACAAGUGCACGCUGAAUCCAAAUGAUCUCACCGGUGCAGGUGAAACCCUGUCGCGCCGUAAGUCGUUCAAGAAAACCCUCCGGGAGUCAUUCCGUCGGUUGCGCAAGGGACGUUCCACCCGGAACAACCCGAGUGCUCAGGCAACAACCCCGGCGGAAACCCGCCCCAUUGAACGACAGAUCGAAGCCCGUCCCGUGGACGACGGAAUGGGUUCCAUGGUACGGUGUCUGACCUUUGCGCAAACGUAUUUGACCAAUCAGCAGCACACGAGCGCCACGCUGUGGUCCGGAACGAACUCCAGUUGCGUGUCGGUGUUCAUACUGAAUGUUCCCCCUCGGCCGCAACCACCACCACCGGCCCAGAACAACGAAGCCAACGUCGAUGGAGGAGAUGUACCACCCCCGAAACCCAUCACCGGUGUGUUGGCCAAGGAGAUCCAGCUGAAGCAUCGUGCCCCGGUCAUUGCGAUCUCUCUGUUUGAUCAGCAUGGUGUCCCGCUAGAAUUCCAGUCGAAGCCCGGUCCGGGACCACACAAGGUCCUGAUCGCAUCCGAGGAGCAGUUCAAGGUGUUCUCCCUGCCACAGCUAAAGCCGGUCAACAAGUACAAACUGACAGCGCACGAAGGAGCAAGGGUUCGUCGCAUAGCGUUCGCGACAUUCAUGUGCACCCUGCCGGCGUCUCAUCCCCAGGCCAGCCCAUCCAAGUCUGGACCACGGUCACCUGCCCCAGCUCCGGCUCCAGCCGCCGAAUCCGCUCCGGCAUCCGGUUCCCCAUCAGCCGAAGCGCUAAAUGCAAACCCCGCGGAACCCGCCGUCGCUCCCGAAGUAACGAAACACUACGAAAUCAGCCUGCUCUGUCUGACGAACCUAGGCGACUGUUUGGUCCUGUCGAUCCCGGAACUGAAGCGACAACUGAAUGCGGCCGCCGUCCGAAGGGAGGAUAUCAACGGUAUCUCUUCGCUGUGCUUCACAAACCACGGGGAGGCCCUGUACAUGAUGUCCUCGUCUGAGGUUCAGCGAAUCACGUUGUCCACUUCGAAGAUCGUUUCGCCCACCGGUUACAUCGAGCUGGAGGAUUGGUCUCAAGCCGAUCAGGAAGAACCCGAACAGGCGGUCGAAGCUGAGGAAACGCCGGCAACACCAGAUGCUGAGGCACCUGCCGCUGCAGGAAAGACCUUCGAUGUGUCCUCACCCUUGUCGGUUGCGGUCACAUCCAUCAAUGGAACCGGUGCAGCAGGUGACGGUCUGACCAACGGAGUCGGCAGCGGGGACGACGCAUCUCCCAACAAAGCCGCCAAUGAAACCAUUACCAGCUCGAUCGGGGACAUUACCAUUGACUCGGUCCGGGACCAUCUGAACUCGACGACCACGACGCUUUGUUCGACCACCACCGAGGAGAUUGUCGGUCGGCUAUCGGUACUGAGUACGCAUUCGAACAACGUAGCUUCCUCGGCCAAAACUACCGACGUAACCACCCUCAAUUCUUCGAACAUCAAAGAUUUGAAGCACAUCGGGGAUUCCACCGAAACUGCGUCCAACUCGGUGAUCAUCAAAUCGGUCAUCACCACGGUCAAGCAUGGCACCAGUCACGUAAACGGUGAGCACAAUUCGACCACCACGACCGAAAGCAGCAAAACCGUCUCGACCGGAGGCGGCACCGGAGGUACGACCGUGUCCCUGCUCCGAAAGGAGAGUCAAUUCUAAACUGAUGGAAACGAAAGGUUUCCAGUAACCAGAGCAUGCAGUUAGUAAGAUAUGACACGACAUAACAGAGCUAGCGAUGAAACCACCCACGAACCGCGAAGGACACCAGUGGACAGACGCGCAUCCAGGGCGCGGCAGAAAGUAUUGUUGCCGUUGUGUUUAAGUUUGAGCUAGUUUAUAGUUAUUGCGAUUAUCACUUUUAACGCGACAGACAUUUGCUAUUUAGUAGUAGACAGGUAAGUAUUUUUAUUAAAUUCUUUGUGAAAAUGUUCGCAUCGCGUCUGUGUGAUAUAUUUUCCGAUUUACUUAACUUGACACACGAAGCAAAAUGGAAGGUUCUGUGCUGAUUGGAUUGAUUCUUAACAGUUAAAUGUUUGAAUGCAUUUAAGCAACGAAAACAUUUCAAUUCUUCUAAAACCAAGUUCGAUCGAAACCGUCGUGUGAUAAUGCAGAACAUUAGAGAUAGAGAUGCCUUCAAGCGUUCAAUCAAGGUAGAACGUUACACACAAACGAACACAUUACAGGAGACAAACGAAGACUCUGCCUUCGUUUUGCCUUCUUCAUAUAUUUUAAAAGCAUGAACCCCACCAAUGAAUGGUGAAAUUUAUUCCGAACUGUGAAUCGUUUAUAUAGAAAAAAGAGUAGCGCCACCAUACAAAAACGUAGUAAUGUUAGCUGUAUUUAACUUAGAACACGAAUGCAACUGAACUGCAGACAGGAAGCGCAGUUUUGGCGAAUGUUGCAAGAUUUCCGAAUGUAUUUUAAUCCACCAUCCCUCUGCGAUGAUAAGUGACGCGUAUUAUUCCUUAAAAACUUCCGAACGAGAUCGAUUCUACAAAGUAUUACACACUAAACAGUGCUCCCUCGCUCCUAUGACCGUUUUCCGGCAGUGAAAAUUCAGAUGGAGGAGCCAAUCGAGAAAACGAGCACGCGCGCGUAUAUACAUUUUUAAGGCAUUAUCGGUCGGUAUUUAUAUAUAAUCUACAUAACUUGAACGAGGCGGCCCUUGAUAUAGUUGUAGACGUAUUUUUUGAUGCAAUUUACAUGCGUAAACGAAAAAGAGAGAGUACUAUACUUACGGUUAAGUAAACCUUAAAAUCAUACAAAACAAGCAGAGUAAAUGAAUAAAUAUGUCUUAUUAUAUGUUAA